CCGCCUCCUUCCGAAAUGCGCGGUGCUGUGUUGCUGACGACGCUGGUGCUGGUGGUGCUGGCGCGCGGCGCGGUGCGCGACCGCUACCACCCCUCGGCGCGCGCGGGGCCCGGGCCCGGCCGCGCGGCCGCGCGCUCCUCCGCCGCCGAGCGCGACCCGGCGCACUGGGCCGCCGAGGCCGCGGCCGCCAUCGACGAGCGCGUGCGGCGCCGCAACAACCGCAACGCGGCGCGCAACGUCGUCAUGUUCCUGGGCGACGGCAUGUCCGUGCCCACGCUCGCGGCCGCGCGCACCCUCCUCGGCCAGCGCAACGGCCAGACCGGCGAGGAGGCUCAGCUUUCUUUCGAGGCCUUCCCCACUUCAGGUUUUUCUAAGACUUAUUGCCUGGACGCUCAAAUCGCAGAUUCAGCAUGCACAGCGACCGCAUACCUUUGCGGCGUAAAGGCUAAUAUAGGCACAAUCGGUUUGAAUGGUAACGUAGUGCGAAGGGAUUGCGACGCCUCCUUCAACACCGACAACCACGUCGAGUCGAUCGCGGCGUGGGCGCUAGAGGACGGACGAGAUGCAGGUAUAGUGACCACGACCCGUGUCACGCACGCGUCGCCCGCGGGUGCAUUCGCAAACAUAGCCAACAGGGACUGGGAGAACGACGAGAGCGUGCGCGAGGACGGCGCCGACCCCGCGCGCUGCCCCGACAUCGCGUACCAGCUCGUCCACACGAGCCCAGGAAAUCAGUUCAAGGUCAUAUUGGGUGGUGGAAGAAGAGAAUUUUUACCUUUCAACUUCACCGAUGACGAAGGUUCAACCGGCCGUCGCUACGACAAUCGCAACUUAAUCCAAGAAUGGCAAGAAAAUAAAGAAGCACAAGGCGCGAGUUAUGCCUACGUAUGGAAUAGGGACCAAUUGAUGAACGUGUCAUCUUCGUUACCGGAUUAUCUGCUGGGUUUAUUUGAGGGCACUCACAUGCAGUACCACUUGGAAGCCAACAACGUUACCGAGCCCACACUCGCGGAGCUAACAGAAAUAGCGAUUAAGUCCUUGAGCCGCAACGAGAAAGGUUUCUUCCUGUUCGUGGAGAGCGGGCGCAUCGACCACGGCCACCACGACAACUACGUGGAGCUCGCGCUGGACGAGACCAUCCAGAUGAGCGAGGCGGUGCGGGUCGCCACCGAGCUGCUGUCCGAGGAGGACUCGCUCAUCGUGGUCACGGCCGACCACGCGCACGUGAUGGCCUUCAACGGCUACACGCAGCGCGGCGGGGACAUCCUCGGCGUCUCCGACGACCGGGACGAGGACGGCGUGCCCUACAUGACGCUGUCGUACACGAACGGGCCGGGCGCGCGGCAGCAGGUGAACGGCACCCGCCCCGACGUGACGACGGAGGACGACUUCGGCGGCAGGCGCUGGCGGGCCCACGUCGAGAUCCCGCUGGACUCGGAGACGCACGGCGGCGACGACGUGGGCGUGUUCGCGCGCGGGCCGCACCACGACUUGUUCACGGGCGUGUACGAGCAGAGCCAGCUGCCGCACCUCAUGGCCUACGCCGGCUGCUUCGGGCCGGGCCCGCACGCCUGCAACGCGGGCCCCGCCACUCACAUUCCGUACUUUUUGCUGGCUUUAAUAACUCUAUGCCAAAUCUUACGACUGUAGUACGUACACGAUUAUUAAAUUAGUGGCCAGUUUUUUUAUGUAAUACGGGCUUGCUCUUGAUAACAAUCUCUUCGAAGGGGUGCAGAUGGAUGGUAGAGCGAAAUUGUCCAGAAGACGCAUGUUCAUUCGUGACGACUUCUUACGAGUAGAUGUGAUUUUAUUUAAUUUAUUGACAUUAAUAAUCUUUUUUAAUUUUACGUGUUUUCCAUUCAAGGGAGAGCCGAAAGAGUGACGGGUGGAGUCACCUUUUGUCAAUCUCUCUGUAUUGUACUGUGACUGUAAGUUGAAGUGAUUACAAUUUAGAGAUAACAACAAAUCACUACAUAAAUACUCUAUUACUUAGCAAUUUUUAAAUUAAUAUAUUUUUUUUUGUAUAUUUAUUUUUUUUGUAUAUUAAUUUAUUUAAAACAAAUAGAUAGGUGGGUACUGUUCUGCUACAAAAAUGCGUGAGAAAUACCUACCUACUAUUUGAUACUCUUAAUUAAUAAGCAGACAGUGGUGACUUCGUUGUAGCGGUGUGGAUGAAUUGUCUGCCUCAAAGCGCUGCUGGUAGAAUAAAAGAAUGCCAAAAAAGAAAA